CAUGUUCUUCGGCUCGCUUGCAUUCUUCAGUGAUUAGAGAGAGAGAGAGAGAAUGUGAACAGGUGUGGAAGCAAGGAGUGUUGGUAAUUCCUUGGUGGAAGUGAGCUGUGAGUGGGAGUGGCUGAAGUGACAAGAGUCGCAAAAGAGGAUUAAUUCACCGAGAGAGCAGUUGGGGAGUGGUCAAGAGAGUUACGUAAGUUGGAAGAAUAAUGGAAAGCCGAAGAACUUGAAUUUGGAAUCGGAGUACACAAUAAUUAAGUUCCGUUUUAUACACUUACAUCAUAGGCGGAUUAAUUUCGCGCAUUACACAAAGUGAGAGGAUCGACUUGGGGAAAGCCUUUUUUCGCCACGCGGUGUUUGACCAAAAAGGGGAUAAAAAGGGAGUGUUUAGUUGACAAGGGGCAGUUUUUCGUUCCCGAUUUGUUUUGCCGCCGUAGGCCAUGUCGGUUUAAUUUUUGUCUGUCGUCGGUCGUCCAGCCCAGAGAUGCGACAUAUAUUAUUAUCCAGCAUGUAAUUUGACUUUGAUUUAGAAUAAAACCUGAUACACAACUUAACUUCAUCGAACUUGUCAUUCUUUGACUCCCGUCUUUUUUUGUACGUGGGCAGCGCAAGACGGUGGGCGGCCACCGGCCGUCUUGCAAAGCUGUGCCGCUACAAAAUUGGUAGUACGGAUGGGGUCGGUCGACCGUCAUCUUCAGCAUGUUCGGGGAACGUUUUAGUCCUUCAGUCUGGUUUUACGCAUAAACACAAUGUUUAUCGGACAUUGAUAUAAAUUCAACAAGGAGAGCUUCACUUCAUGUCACCGGUUCCGGCUUAUUUUUUGUUCGAGGAUGUGAAUUGAUAUUAUUUUAACUUUAACGUUGGAGAGAGAAAUUCAGCUGCAGGGGUUGGAUUGAGCCCCCACAUCGCCCGGGUUUUCGACGUUGGGACCUUACAUGUGCCGUUGAGCUCAGGAGAAAGAACCCUUCGUCCUGGGACUCACGCCUGGCUGCAUUGUAGCGAGGAGUCGAGGGACCUGUGAAAACCACUGCAAAUAGACCUGACGGGGUAGCAUAGCUGGUUUCCACUAAAACCCUCCGGAUUAGUUGGUACCGACGAAGUCUGGUGAUUUCACAUUACACUGCGGUGAGAGGAGUCGUUUAACUGCGCGAGAAUCGUCUUGGAAGGGGCUGUAAAGGAACUCAGCAGGGCGAUUGCUUUUCCUUUGGUCGUCUCAUGAGGAUGGAUUGAGGUUAGGUACUGAAGGCCGCAGGCGCUAGUCCGGCUCGGGGAGUUGGACGCUAUCGAGGAGCUCCGAGACAUCGUUCUUCCAACCAACGCUUCGACACGGCCCUUCAUCUUCGUCAUCGACGUGGUGUGGUAGACCCUGUCUUCGAUAUCUUCGACGGUGGAAGCUGGCACUGUCGUUUGGAAGCCGAUAGCCUUGGCGAGUGAAGCAGCAGGAGUCGCUGGUUCUGCGUCUGGUUCGAUUGGUUACCUUUCUCUCCCAGAGUUAGAUAGUAGACUAUUUAAUAAGUGUUAUAACUGAAGGUUUAUCGUAGUUGAGGUUGCAUCUCCUUUCAGUAGUAUUCACAUAUACAUAGUAAAAUUAUGGCUGAAAAGUUAGUGGAAGAUUUAGUAACCGGUUUAACCGGAGCAUUACAAGGGUGUAGGUUUACCCCUAGUGGUAGAAGUACCAGACUUGAGAGAUUUUCUGGACAAGGUGGCAUUUCCCUUACCGAAUGGUUAGAAGAGGUAGAUCUUUAUUGUGAACAAUAUCAAAUCUCUGAAACUCAAAAGUGCGGCAUAAUCAGAGCAAAUUUGGAAGGUGCAGCACGUAAAGAAGUUAGUUGUUUUUCGGGGACAUUGGAUACUAAAAGUAUUAUUGAACUACUUCAAAAACACUUUGGGAAGAAACAAACUGUGCAAUCUUUGCAGCAAGCCUUUUAUGAUCGAAUCCAGCGGGAGGGCGAGUCGCUAAUGGAAUUUAGUAGGGAUCUUAUUUUCCUCUAUGAUAAAGCAAUAAGGUUAGGAAAUGCAACUCAAACGUCAUCUUUGCGGGGACUUAGAGAAGAAGCUCUCAUUUCACAGUUCGUAGCUGGCGCGCGGAGCAUGUCGGUUAGGUUAGAACUUAAACGCUUACAUCUCUCUCGUACAGUAAAUACAUUCGAAGAGAUGAGGGAAGAGGCUCGUCAGUUAUUAGGGGAAUUGGAUUCCUUGAGCUCCAGACGGGCAGUCCGGGAAUUAGAGGUUUGCCAAGUAUCAGAGGCACCGACCCGGACAUCGGGUAAGUGUUCUCACGAUAGGCCUGCCACUGAUUCUGUGCUGCUCGCUACGCUUGAUAAAAUUCAGAAUACUUUAGAUAUAUUAGUUCAAACUAAAAAAACGGUUGUUUGUGGAAAUUGUAGAGAACCCGGUCAUUCAAAACGAACAUGUCCAUCUGUAAUUUGUUACAAGUGUAGGGAGGCAGGACACAUUUCUAUAGAUUGUCCAGCUUAUAGACAGCUUUCUGUGAAUGGGGGGCAAAGACCGGGAAACGGGCUACCUCCCCCACUGUUGUAGGCCAGGUGAGGGAGGAUGAGAGUAUCCAGGCUAAGGCCUCGGCUUUAAUUGACACUCAGGGCGUGGAUAUUUGGGGAAAAUUAGUUAGUAAGAGUCCAAAGGUAUCAAUUAAUUUAUUUGAAACUCCAACCUUGUGUCUUUUAGACACCGGUGCAGAGACUUCAUUAAUUAGUGAAGUAUAUUUUAAUGAAUUUCUUGCUCACAAGAUCCGGGCUACCCCAUUAGAUAAUCAUGUUCAAAUUGUAGGCAUAAACGGAACUGAACUUCCAAUUGUUGGCUAUGUACAAAUUCCUAUGCAAGUUUUUGAAGUUUCUAAAAUAGGACAUUUUCUUAUCGUCAAACAAGACUUCAAACAGGGAAUGGCAACCACACCGGUAAUUAUUGGUGC